AUGUCGACUCAUUUUACGCGUGACUUUUUGCAGGUGAUUCGUGGGCCGAUAUGUAAUCUUGAAAUGUUGAACCUAAACAUCCUGAAACGACAUCCAAAAGACCAACUACAGCUGGCUGGGAAUAUGAGUGCGGAUGGGGACUUCGAUAUUGACCAUCGCGACAUAUUUCAGAACUUGGAUGUUAGCCUUCUAGAGCUUUUACAUCGUCGUAGAGUGACGGAGCGUUUUCUAAACGCUUCGCCCGACGAGAGAAUCGCUAUACUCAACGAAGAGAUGGACACUCUUGGCCAGGAAAUUGAUGAUACUUUAAUAGAGAGGCAUAAUCUCUACACUGAACAAAGAGGUCACGUCCACAACUCAGUGUUUCGGUGGGUCUGGAUCGGUAUUCCUCUUCCAGUCUUCAGAUCUCGCAACUUUUAUAGAAAUUAUAGUAUGAGACGCAUGUUGACCGUGUUGGCCGCAUUUGUUACUGCUCUAUGGCAGCGUUUCGUUCGUAUGGUGCUGUUGGUUGCGUUUGGCUUUGCACUUUUCAAUUAUGUGCCUAAUCUAUUCCGAAUGGUGCUUGUUAUCGGAAACCAAAUCACAUUUUCCGAAAACUUCUUAAGAGAUGCUUUGACUUAUAUAUUCCGUGACAACACAGCAAUGAUGGAACGUCACCUUCUCAUCUUGAAGAGCAAUUACGAUUUGUCCGCUGGAAUUGCUGGCGACAGCUCCGUGUUUAACACCACCUACUCAUUGGCAUACAAUAUUACCUGUAGAUACCUAAUGAGUUUCUUCAUUGAUUUCGGAGAGGACACCGCUGUGUAUAUUGACAACAAAUCGUUGGUGUUCAAGUUUGGUGAUGUAAUUAACAGCUGCUUCCCGGUGUUGACGAGCCAUCCCUGGUAUGGGACCUUUGUCACCGUCUCGGUGUAUAUGUUGUACUCUGUAGUGGGAAUCCUCAUCUGUGUGAACAUCAACUGGUUCUACGCAGCCAACAUUCUCAACCGUAUCCUGAGAUACAGACGGUUUUACUUUAGCUUGGCCAAGAUCGUGUGGAAGAGCUUGUUUUCGGAAGUCUUAUAG